AUGUACCAGCAGGUGGCUGCAUUCAUGGCCAUGAUCCUGGGAAUCCACACCCUCAGUUUGCGGGUCCAGAAGGGCUGUAUACACAGGCCCAACUGCUGCCCCAGCAAAGGGCAGGACCCUCCUGAGGAGUGGCUGAAGUGGACUACUGUGCCCGUGUCUCCCCUGGAGCCUCCUACCCUUGACCAUUACCCAGAAUCCUGCAGGGCGAGUGAAGACGGACCCCUCAACAGCAGGGCCAUCUCCCCCUGGAGAUAUGAGUUGGACAGGGACUUGAACCGGCUCCCUCAGGACCUGUACCACGCCCGUUGCCUGUGCCCACACUGUGUCAGCCUACAGACAGGCUCCCACAUGGACUCCCUGGGCAACUCGGAGCUGCUCUACCACAACCAGACUGUCUUCUACCGGCGGCCAUGCCACGGUGAGCGUGGUGCCCACCAUGGCUACUGCCUGGAGCGCAGGCUCUACCGUGUGUCCCUGGCUUGCGUGUGUGUGCGACCCCGGGUGAUGGCCUAGUCGUGCCUGCUGUCUGCCUGAGGCUGCUCCCUGGAGCACAACUGGAGACGGGUGGACAGAGACCUUGCCACAGUGGGCCAGCGUACCUGGACUCUCAGUCCCUCCAAGGCACUACCUGGAGCAGCAGAACCCUGGGACAGAUGGUGGCCGGAGGAGGAACCUACACAUUUGCACUUUUUGAAAGCACUUUCAGAAGAGAACAGCUGGAGCUUCUGCUGCUAGAAGCUGGUGUCUUGGCAUUUCCUCUCAGGAAAGGCCUUCAAAGCUCUGCCCAUUUCUGGAGGCCACACUUCUGUCUCUUUCCUCCUAUCUCCAGCUGCCCUUGCCCAGCACAGGCACUUUCUUGAUUUUUUUUCCCCUUUGCCCCUCAUUUCUCUUGUUCAUUCAUUCAUCAAAUACUCAGUGGGGACCUACUUUGCCUCCAUCCUGGUGUAGUUACUAGUCCUUUGACAUGGAUCAUUCUGAGGAAGAAGCUGUUAUUGGACAUGGAGAGAUUUAUCCAAAUAAACAUCCGCGUU